UAGACGCAACACCCAAGAAAAUGUCAACUCAAAUUUGUAAGUUUUUUUGAAAGACUGUCUGUGAAAAUAGAUUUGUUUACAAACAUUAGGUUCCUGAUAUCGAUCUUUAGUAAAUAGCGUUAAAUGUUAAUAUGACUUUCUAGUUACUUUAGAUUUUUAAAUAAAAAGUAUUGAAAAAAAUUUACAUAGCCAUACACGACACGAUAUUAAAUUAGUGAGAGUUAGAUUAGUUCCCCUAAAAAAAACAAGAAAAACAAAAACUCCUGUAUUAGAGUUGACCCAAAGAGCUAAUAGCUGUAUAAAUUUAAUUGAAGCUGGGAGUCAAAUAAAUCUUAGUCGUUCGGAUUUGUGAUUUGGGAUUUCUACGUCUUUGUGGAUUCAAUCCCUCCUCGCAAUCCAGAUCCUAAACAAUCCUUCUCGAUCAGCGAUGGCAGGGAAGGGGCGCCAGCACUACAGUAGCGCGCCGCGGCGGAAGACGGCGUCGUCCACGUUGCUCCUCUACGGGCUCAUAAUGUUGUCAUUGCUGAUUGUCAUCAUUUUGGCUUUCGGAAUGUUAUCCAGCAGCAGCAAUUCAAAGCAUAAAGCGCAUGACCUCAGCGUCAUUGCUCACAAUUCAUUGCACUCACAUGAUGGAGAUGAGGAGAACAAGGAUCAAUGGGUUGAAGUUAUUUCCUGGGAGCCGAGAGCCUCUAUUUUCCAUCAUUUUUUGUCAAAAGAAGAAUGUGAAUAUCUAAUUAGUAUUGCUCAGCCUCAUAUGGAAAAGUCAACUGUUGUUGAUGGUGAAACUGGAAAAAGUAUGGACAGCAGAGUUCGUACAAGUUAUGGAACAUUUCUGGCUAGAGGACGUGAUAAAAUUGUUCAGAGAAUUGAAAAAAGACUUGCUGAUUUUACGUUCCUCCCUGUAGAGCAUGGUGAAGGCCUUCAAGUUCUUCAUUAUGAACCAGGGCAAAAGUAUGAGCCACACUAUGACUAUUUUCUUGAUGAACAUAACACGCAGAAUGGUGGUCAACGGAUUGCCACUGUUCUGAUGUACUUAUCAGAUGUUGAAGAAGGAGGUGAAACUGUAUUUCCUGCAGCAAAAGGAAAUUUUAGUUCUGUACCCUAUUGGAAUGAGCUAUCUGAAUGUGGGAAAGGAGGACUUUCAGUUAAACCAAAAAUGGGUGAUGCGCUACUUUUCUGGAGCAUGAAGCCAGAUGCAACUUUGGAUUCAUCAAGUUUGCAUGCUGGCUGUCCUGUUAUAAAAGGGAACAAGUGGUCUUCUACGAAAUGGAUUCGUGUUCAUGAGUACAAAGCCUAAUUCAUCAAAUCAUCAUGCAUGCUAAUGCAGGGUCGACGACGAUGAGGUUUCAACACCGCUUCUUCUUUGGGAGGGAAAUUGGCGUUUGUGCUGUUGUUAUACUUUAAUUUAUUUGUCACUCCUAACCCUUUUUUUCUUGGAAUACCAUUUGUAUAAGGAUGUCAGAGAACAAAAAUUUUGUAAGAACUUUUUUAUAUGGAGAAGAAAGCAUUUGAGAA